AAAAUAAACAUGUAAAUAUAAAAAAAAAUUAGAGUAGACGUCAACGUUAGAAAACUUGCCGAUUUCCGCUGUAAACCGGUGAGGAAAUAAUUUGUCAACCAUUUCUGUUUGUAUUAGCAGAACAACGAUCCGGCGAAGGGGAUAGAGGAGUUCCGAUUUGUAUGUGGAUGACGAGGUUGCUCUCAACAACGUUUUCUUCCAUUAAACCUCAUUCCCGACUUCCUAAAUCAACAUCCGAAUCAAACCAUCUUAAUUGGUCGAUCUAUCUCAUCCUUUCAACCAAUCCCCCUUUCAAAACUUACGUUGGCGUCACCACCAAUUUUUCUCGCCGGUUGAGACAACAUAAUGGUGAGCUAAAGGGUGGCGCAAAAGCAUCACAAGCUGGAAGACCAUGGAUUUGUGCGUGCCUUAUUCGAGGUUUUGCGAGUAAAAGCGAAGCAUGCAAGUUCGAGUUUAAAUGGAAGAACGUAUCGAGUAAAAUGCCUCGAAAAAGAAAAUCUAAAGAAGAGGAGGGAGGGAUUCAUUUAUUGCAACACAGAAAUGCAGCACUGAAUAAAGUGAAAGAUUCAAGUGAUUGUAGUCACUUGGAAUUUGAAUGGAAGUUAGAACCCAUCUGAUCUGCUGUUUCUGCUUCCAUUUUUCUUUACCUUGUAAUUUCUUGUACAAAUUCUUGAUUUAGAACACAAAGGUAUUCAGCAAUGUGUCAAAAGUUCUGUUAAGAUUUUUAGAGAAUAAAUUUUUGAAUUCU